AUGGUGUUACACCACUUGGAGCUAAACCUAUCCCUGCAUAUCAAGCUACACUACAAAGCACUCUUCUUGAUUCAUUCUUGUGUUGAUGAUGACAAUAUCGAAAAGUUCGAUGAUUACGAGUCGGAAAAGCAAGCUUGGGUAAUUCUGGAGAAAGCUUAUGUUAGGGCUGCAAAGGCGAAGGUGGCUCAGGUGAAUGAAAUGGGAGAAAUCAGUGCGAAAAAGUGCAAAACAGAAGAAAAGAGCAAAAACUGGCCAAACGCGUCCCCAGACGCGUUGAAAGUUGAAAUGUACCAGCUGCUGGCGUCUUUGUGUGCUUGCCAAGCCAUAUGGCUUAUUAAUAUAUUGAAGAAGUUGGGUAGAAAUGAGAGUGAGGCCGAGUAUACUACACUUCUUAUUGAUAAUGUUUCUUCUAUUAAUCUUGCAAAGAAUCCGAUUGCACACGGAAGGAGCAAGCAUAUAGAGAUGUGGUUUCAUUGUUUGAGGGAGCUAGUGAGUGAAGGAAAGUUACGAUUGGGAUAUUGUCGAAGCGAGGACCAAGUGGCUGAUUUAUUGACCAAGGGAGUAACAAAUGAGGUGUUCAAGAGAUUGAAGAUGAGCUUGAGCAUACUGGACUUGGACCAACUGAAGUGA